CAGCCUAACUUACUAACUAGGCUUGCUGCUACGAUACGCACAAAGCGCACGUGGAUUUGGAGAGAAAGGGAAAGAAGGAAGCAUGAGGGCCGUAGUUCAACGAGUCGCCUCUGCAAGCGUGGAGGUGGAAGGGCGCAGGAUAUCAGAGAUAGGCCCAGGCCUUCUCGUCCUCGUCGGCAUUCAUGACUCCGAUGUCGAAUCCGAUGCAGACUACAUAUGUCGGAAGGUAUUGAACAUGCGAUUAUUUCCAAAUGAGAAGACUGGGAAACAAUGGGAUCAAAACGUUAUGCAGAAGAAUUACGGAGUUCUACUGGUGAGUCAGUUUACAUUGUAUGGAAUUCUGAAAGGCAACAAGCCGGAUUUCCAUGUGGCCAUGUCACCUGAAAGAGCGAAGCCUUUCUAUGCUUCUCUGGUUGAGAAGUUUUGCAAAUCCUACAAUGCUGAUGCAAUAAAAGAUGGUGUUUUUGGGGCGAUGAUGAAGGUGAACUUGGUCAAUGAUGGGCCUGUUACAAUGCAGCUUGAUUCUUCACAAACAUCCAAGAACACAAGUGAUGCAGUGGAACCAUAAUCUAAUUGAUCAUCAUGAAAGAGAUUGAAAUUUAGACCUAUGGUCUGUAUUUCUUUGGGAAAACUGCAGCAUUGGUUUAUAAUGUUCUGUUCAGAUAUAAGAUUGAUUGGUGUCGUUCUCUCUAUCAACUCUGUCCACAUGAAACUGUUUGUUUCCUA